AUGUCGACCGAACCUCUGUCCAAUAACGACGGCAACAAGAACCUACCCUCUUCUUGGUACCGCUCAGAUGCGAUCUACCAGUUGGAGAGACGCGCGAUCUUUGGCAAGAAAUGGCUCUUCAUCUGCCACACCAACCGCUUCACUAAGGCUGGCGAGUACAUCCGCUUCAAGAUGGCCGGCUACAACUUCUUCCUCAUCAAAGAUCGUGACGGCAACAUCAACGCGUUUCACAACGUCUGCAGGCAUCGCGCGUUCCCCGUCGUAGGCAGCAAACAGGAGGUCGAGAAGGAUCCCAUGGUCGAGGCGGGUCAGGUGUCCAUCCUCGCGUGCAAGUUCCACGGAUGGAGCUAUACCAUGAAGGGCGCGCUCGCCAAGGCGCCGCUCUUCCAAGAUCAGCCGCACUUCGACGCGUCCAAGAACGGUCUUCUACCCAUACGCACGCAUAUCGACAGGUUGGGCUAUGUUUACGUGAACAUGGACACGUCGGAUAACUAUCUUAAGUGGGAAGAGCAGUUCGGUGACCUCGACAACCAGCCGCGCGUCGAGAACUUCCCGAUUGACAAGUAUAAGUACGCGUUUAGCUGGUCCUUUGAAAACUGCGACUACAACUGGAAGACGCUCGUUGAUAACUAUAACGAAUGCUACCACUGUCGCGUGGCGCAUCCUGGCAUUGCUAGCACGGUUGACUUAAAGACGUACUACGUGAAGGGCUCGUUCAGCUACGUCGCGCACUUCUCCCCGCCCAAACCCGAGAACGCGGCGAAGGAAGAGAACGGGUCGAUCGUCGCGUCAUUCAUCUUCCCAUUCGCCUCGAUCACCUUGAUGCCUUCCUACGCUUACACCAUGCGCGUCGUGCCUAUCGACGCUCAUCGGACGGAGAUGCAGUACGACGUCUACAGGCCUACAGACGCUACAGACGAGGCGUUCGACGAGACGCACAAGUUCUUCGUGCAGGUAGAGGAGGAGGACAAGUUCCUCUGCACAAACGCCCAGAAGAACAUGGAAGCCGGCGUAUACACCACGGGUCCAUUACACACCCGGCAAGAACACGGCGUGAUCUACUUCCAGAAGCUCGUGCGCGACGCGCUUAUGGAACAUCGCGCGCUUGAGGAGAAGGAGGGCAGGGAGAUCAAUCCUGUGUUGCCGGACGGCGGGGCGCGGUCGACGGAGGAUAUCUUUUGGUAUCAACACCUUCAUCCGAACUCUGCGUUUCUUCCCGAACGUCCACCAUCCUUGCUAACAGUCCCUUCACCCGCUCCCAUCUACACCAACAUGCCUGAGACUCGCGAAGACUCUGUCUACCUCGCCAAGCUCGCUGAGCAGGCUGAGCGCUACGAGGAGAUGGUCGAGAACAUGAAGCGCGUCGCUUCGUCCGACCAGGAGCUCACUGUCGAGGAGCGCAACCUGCUCUCCGUUGCUUACAAGAACGUCAUCGGCGCUCGUCGUGCCUCAUGGCGUAUCGUGUCCUCCAUCGAGCAGAAGGAGGAGUCGAAGGGUAACGAGGCCCAGGUCGCUAUGAUCAAGGGUUACAGGGAGAAGAUCGAGAGCGAGCUCGCGAAGAUCUGCGAGGACAUCCUCGACGUCCUUGAGAAGCACCUUAUUCCCUCCGCUGCGACUGGCGAGUCGAAGGUCUUCUACCACAAGAUGAUGGGCGACUACCACCGCUACCUCGCCGAGUUCGCCACCGGCGACAAGCGCAAGGACUCCGCCGACAAGUCGCUCGAGGCUUACAAGGCCGCGUCCGACGUCGCCGUCACCGAGCUCCCGCCCACACACCCCAUCCGCCUCGGCCUCGCGCUCAACUUCUCGGUCUUCUACUACGAGAUCCUCAACUCGCCCGACCGUGCCUGCCACCUCGCAAAGCAGGCGUUCGACGACGCGAUCGCGGAGCUCGACACCUUGUCCGAGGAGUCCUACAAGGACUCCACGCUCAUCAUGCAGCUCCUCCGCGACAACUUGACGCUCUGGACCUCGGACAUGCAGGACUCGGACAAGCCGGCGGACGCGAAGGACGAGGAGGCACCCGCAGAUGAGGCAUAA